AGUACACUGGAGGAAACUGGUGCAAACAUGAAACUGAAUAUCACAUCAAUAUUCUAGAAAUGAAAGCCGUACUAUUUGCGCUAAAAUCGUUUCUUUCUAAUCUAAAAAAUAAACAUGUUAAAAUGAUGGUAGACAAUAGUACUGCAGUGUUUGUCAUAAACAAUAUGGGCACUAGUCAUAGUGUCAUGUUAAAUACUACAGCAUUAGAAAUCUGGGAAUUUUGCAUAAUGCACAAGAUCAAAAUAUCUGCCGCACAUUUACCAGGGUCAAAAAAUGUAAUUGCGGAUAGAGUCAAGAAAAUUGUACCGUGAAGGCGAAUGGAGGUUAAAUCCCGUUUGUAUCAAGAUUGCCAUAAGCAAGUUUAAUUUCCAGCCUGAAAUUGACUUAUUCGCUUCACGACUAAACAAACAGUUUAAUCAAUACUGCUCUUAUCGAUCAGACCCUGUGGCAACAUAUAUUGAUGCCUUCUCCAUCCCGUGGAACAACUUAAAAUUUUAUUGUUUCCCUCCUUUCAGCUGCAUCUUACAAACUGUUCAAAAAAUUCUACAGGAAAAAGCCACAGGCAUUUUGGUAAUACCAAAUUGGCCAGCACAACCUUGGUAUCCCCUAAUCGAACCAAUACUUUUACAACCUCCUCAUGUUUGUCCACUGUCGCAAAACCUGCUCAAACUACAAGCUGCACCAACAGAAGUGCAUCCACUAGUAAAAAAGCUCGAGUUGAAAAUAUGUCUUGUGUCAGGCAACAACUUACGUCAAUAGGUGUCUCUCCAAGUUCAGCAGAGAUAAUCAUGGCCUCUUGGAGAAAGGGAACAAAAACCCAAUACCAAACUUAUAUAACUAAAUGGAGUCAAUUUUGUGUUGCUACAAAAUGUGAAUUUUUUAAUCCCUCUAUUACCACAAUCAUUCAAUUUUUAACUAACCUUUUUCAUUCAGGGCUAUCUUACUCUGCUAUAAAUUCUGCACGCAGUGCAUUAUCUGCCAUAUGCCAGACCAACAAUCACACUAUUCCAUUUGGGCAACAUCCUUUAGUGAAAAGAUUCAUGAAGGGAAACAACCCCCUAUACAUGAGUUAACAUUAAAAGAUCUUACUAUUCGAUUAACGUUCCUUCUUCUAAUACUAAGUGGAAAACGAGGGCAAACUAUCCACCUGCUAAAUUUAACCGACAUGGAUCUAUCUGAAUCGAAAUGUGUAUUUUCAAUCCGAGAAAAAAUCAAAACAACUAGACUUGGUCAUCAUAUUGCUCCUAUUACAUAUGAAGCCUACCCUCAUGAACCAGAACUCUGCAUUGUACGACACCUGAAGGAAUACAUUGAACGAACUAACGAAUUGCGCAGUUCUAAUUGUAAAAAACUUUUAAUAAGCUUUAUAAAACCGCAUCAAGCGGUUUCCCGGAAUACUAUCUCACGUUGGUGUAAAACAUUAAACGCUGCAGGUAUUGACACCAAAGAGUUUGGCAGUCACAGCACUCGAGCUGCAUCCGCUUCAUUUGCUGCAACACAAGUAGGGGAUAAGACGAAAAUUGUUGAAUCGAUUGGCUGGUCGAAUGCAACCACUUUUCAGACAUUUUACAAUAAACCUAUUAAGAAAACUUUUAAUCUAGGUUCCACCAUUUUACGGCAAAACGAAAUUAGCUAAAUCGUUAUCUUUGGUGGAAAAAUUUAAAUUUUAAAUAUAAUCAAUGUAUGUAAAA